AUAAGUGACUGAUACAGCGGAAGAAAAGUUUAUUUUUCAACCUUGUUGAUUAAUAGCCGUAUUUAAGAUUAAACUAGGAUUUGUGUUUUCACAGAAAACGAAACAUGGCUUACUCUGCAGGCAAUCCGAAUCAACUAUCAAAAGCGUCUGGUGGUCAACACUUCGUUAGCACAGCAAUUUACAAUCCUGUACGUUUUAUAUAUUCUAUUAUACAUGGACAGGGCAUGGCAGUACCUUUCGUACAUAAGUUAUCGUCUGUUGAAACAGGAAACAUGUUUUAUAUCAGCGGAAUACCUUCCAAGAAUGCGGGACGAUUUAGAGUCAUUUUUGGGAAUGGACAAGACAAAAUUUUUCGUAUUGCCGCCAGGCUGGACAACGGUGUAAUUGCCAGGAACACAUUCCGCAACGGUGGAUGGAAAAAAGAGGAAAAUGCACUGAAUGGAGUGUUUCCUUUUCAAGCAGAUGAAUUCUUUGAUAUGAACAUUCUUGUUCAGUCGUCCGGCUUUAAGGUAGCAAUAAACAAUCAACCUUCGUUCGACUUUGCACACAGAAUACCUUUCCAUCGCAUCGACACUUUGCGUAUAAAUGGAGAUGUUCGUCUUUGUAAGGUCCAAGUUUAAAUAUCAGAAUUUUUACAGAAUCAUAAACAAAAGACGAUAUUUUUGCAUAAGAAUUUUUUAAUUGAUCUUUAAUCGUUUACUUAAUUGGUUUUCAUGUUCAUAUUAUUUGACUUAAAAAUAGUAUAUCGUUUCAUGUAGCAAAUGUUUACUUUCAUAUAGUUACAUUUCAAUGUAGAAAAAAACGUACCUUUAUUGCUGAAAAUAAGAGUACAAUAAAUGUAUUUUUUGUU